CCAGUGAAUACUGACCUGGGUUGGGAGGCAUACCUGAGCAGGUUAGAUGGUGUGCCGAGCCGAUAUGGUAAUGACGUCAUGAAUCUAAAAGUAGAGGUGGAGUUUCAGACGGAUUCUCGACUUCAUUUCAAGAUAACGGAUGCCGAUUCACCUCGGUUUGAAGUUCCUCUUGUGAUUGACAAGCCCAACAAACAGCCGUCGGAUCCUAUGUAUGAAGUCAGUUACAAAAGCAACCCGUUCAGUAUCCAAGUCAGACGGAAAAGCACGGGUGUUCUUAUAUUUGAUUCUUCUGUUGGUGGGCUCACCUAUGAGGAUCAGUUUCUUCAACUGUCCACCAAACUACCUUCCAAGUACGUGUAUGGCUUCGGGGAGCACAAUCACCAGAGAUUCCUGCACGAUGUGGACUACAAGACAUGGACCAUGUUUUCAAGGGACGUUGCACCUGUGGAUGAAUGGAAUCUGUACGGCCAUCAUCCUUAUCACAUGUGUAUUGAAGAACGCGGUAACAACGCUCACAGCAUCCUCUUCUUGAACAGCAAUGCCAUGGAUGUCACCUUGCAGCCUUCACCAGCCCUGACCUACCGUACAAUCGGUGGAGUUUUAGAUUUCUACAUAUUCCUAGGACCAACCCCAGAGAAUCUAGUGACGCAGUACACAGAGGCAGUAGGUAGGCCGGCCAUGCCACCAUACUGGGCAUUGGGGUUCCAAUUAAGCCGAUGGAACUACAAUUCACUGGAUCGUGUCAAACAGGUUGUCAAGGAGAUGAGAGACGCCGAAAUUCCCAUGGAUGUUCUAUAUGGUGAUAUCGAUUACAUGGAUCGAUAUAUGGAUUUCACGGUGGAUGAAACCAAUUACGGCACUCAGAAUCUGUCAGACUUUGUGGACGAUUUGCACGCCCGUGGACAACGUUACAUUAUUAUACUGGACCAUUGUAUCGGUAAAGAGGUGGGUUACGAAGCGUAUGAUACGGGACUAACUCAGGACAUCUUCAUUAAAACCCCAGACGGACAGGUUUUGGAAGGAGAGGUUUGGCCGGCAGUCAACGCCAGUGUAUACCCUGAUUUCACCGAUCCCAGUGCUACCUCCUGGUGGACAAGCUUAUGUGACAGCUUCCAUGAUGAAAUCGCCUACGACGCUCUAUGGAUUGACAUGAACGAGCCGUCGAACUUCGUGGCAGGGUCGCAAACUGGAUGCGAGGAAAACACAAUCAACAAUCCUCCCUAUCUUCCAAACAUUCUUGGUCGCAUCAUGCAAGAUGGUAAACGUGGACUCUAUGAUAAAACAAUCUGUAUGGAUGCCAAACAGUAUUUGGGGAACCAUUACAAUCUACACAGUCUGUAUGGACACAGCAUGUCUGUUGCUACACACGAGGCACUGAAGACCGUCUUCCCAACCAAACGAAGCAUGGUUCUUUCCCGUUCGACGUACGUUGGGAGCGGAGCGUACACCGGUCACUGGCUAGGGGACAAUCAGAGCCAAUGGCGUCAGAUGCCUUGGAGUAUUGUCGGAAUGCUGGAAUUCAGUCUCUUCGGCUUUACAUACACUGGUUCUGAUAUAUGCGGCUUUUGGUAUGCGGCUACCUACGAGAUGUGUCUACGCUGGAGUCAAGUUGGUGCCUUCUAUCCCUUCGCAAGGAACCACAAUGGAAGAGACUGGCCGGUUAGUACAUUAACUGGAGUUAAGGCGCAACAUCCAGCAGCAUUUGAUGACGUAUUCUCAGCCAACGUCAAAAAGGUCCUUGAAAUUCGCUACAAGCUCCUACCGUUCUUGUACACGCUGUUCUACGAGGCUACGACGACGGGAACAACAGUUGCAAGACCAAUAUUACACGAGUUUCCAGAGACUCUGGGAAUGAACUUAGACCGUCAGUUUUUGUGGGGAGCCUCGUUUCUAAUCACACCAGUACUCGAAGAGGGAAAAACUACCGUAGAAGCCUACAUUCCCAACGCACGUUGGUACGAUUACUACGAUUCACCGGGCAAAGAGGUAGACCCUAGUCUACGAGGUACGACAACUGUGCUUGAUGCUGACUUGAUGACGAUUAAUCUACACAUCAGAGGUGGAUAUGUGAUACCAUUCCAGGAACCUGCGAAUACCACUGUGUAUAGCCGUAUGAACCCAAUGGGGCUGAUUGUAGCUCUGGAUGAAAACGAAUCAGCGAGUGGUCAACUGUUUUGGGACGACGGCGAAUCCAGGGAUUCUUUAGCCAAUGGAGAGUACAUUCUUACGGAAUUCUCCGUAGAAAAAGCCAGCGGAAUGGGAACCCUUCAGAUAACCCCAAGUAUCACCAAAUAUGGCAAUACAUUGGCAUUCGAGACUAUACACGUGAUGGGGUUAAAGAGCGUUCCAACAACGGCUAUGGCGAACGGGGUCCCAGUACAAAGUCAGAACUUUCAGUUCGAUGACGACAAAAAGAUGCUGACGCUGACUGGACUAGAUCUGGGGAUAACCAACUCACACACCGUACAAUUGGACGCACCCUUUCUGUUGAACCGAGGAGACGACCAUACAGCAGAUAUGGCGCUCAAAGGACCGCUGAUUGUAGGAUUGUGUGUGUUUCUCGGGUGCCUGUUUCUAGUCAUGUUACCCUCGUUGAUCGUCACGGCACGACCGUACUCCAACUGGCGAUUCAGGGAGGUGCAGUGCGAGUACAGCGCCCAGAAUGAGGAGAAUAAUCGGCUGGAUUGCUUCCCGGAGUUGAAGAUGCCAACCGAGAGAGAGUGCCAGGCUAGGGGGUGCUGCUACGUCGAUGUGACCGUCAACCGAGAGGCCGUGGUGCCGGAAUGUUACUUGCCAAGGGGAGUGGGUUAUGAGGUGAUGGGAGCCAAACAGGUCCUUACAUCGGGGUACGAGUUGUAUCUGCAGAGAAUCAACACUCCAAGGUUCUUUCACAGGGAGGCAGAGAACCUCGUGGUGCAUGUAGACGAGCAGGCAGAGAAUAGACUCCACGUCAAGAUCUCCGAAUACCACUACGUCAAUUAUCAAGACUGGAAGUUCCCCGUGAAGAUGGACCGAUUGUGGGAGCCUCGCUAUGAAGUUCCAAUCGAGGUCACAAGACCCGCAAGACAGUCUGCGUGGAAAGACUACAUCUUCAACUACACUACCAACCCGUUCACUAUGCAGCUAACCAGGCGAAUAAGUAACCGUUUUAACAUGAUUGAUACCUCAUUGGGAGCCCUAGUGUUUGAGGACCAAUUCUUGCAGAUCACGAUGAAGUUGCCUAACUCCGUACUCUAUGGCUUCGGGGAGCACAAGAAGAAGCGACUUCGUCACGGCAUGAACUGGAGAAAUGUAGGCAUGUUCAGUGCCCCUGGACAUGUGGAUGAUGACCAGAAUGCCAACUUGUACGGCCACCAUCCAUUCUUUAUGAAUAUCGACGACGAUGGAAAUGCGUUUGGAGUGUAUUUCCACAACAGUAACGCUAUGGAUGUGCAUUUAACGCCAAUGCCUGCAGUAACCUGGCGGACAACGGGUGGUAUUUUGGAUUUCUACAUCUUCACCGGACCAACCCCACAACAAGUCAUCCAACAAUAUCAAGAGGUGAUUGGGCGUCCUGAGAUUCCGCCUUACUGGGCGCUUGGGCUUCAUCUCGGAAUGGAAUCUUUUCAAAAUGCAGACGCCUUAGAAAAAUUCGUGGAUGACAACAUCAAGGCUGGAGUGCCUUUUGAUGUGGUUUUCAGUGGAAUGGACUACCAGAACUAUUACCUUACAUUCACUCACAACGAAGAGAAAGUCAGGAAAGCAUUCGUCGAGGAUCUGCACUCCAAAUAUAUGAAAUACGCCAUUCAUUUGACCCCAGCGUUAAGCAGCCACCAGCCAAGGGCAAAGUUCGACUAUUUUCCAUUCUACUACGCCGAGAAGCAUGGUAUAUUGGUCAACAGAUCGGACAAGCUUACGCCUGCAUUUGGAGUGAGUUGGCAUGGCGAGACGGCUUACAUGGACUUCACCCACGAGUUCGCCAAGGUGCACUGGGCUGCAUUUGCACAAGGGCUCCACGAUGAACUACCCUUCGAUGGAAUUAUAAUGACCGAGAAUGAACCGGCUAACUUUGUAAACGGAGCUCGCUCUGGGUGUGACUUGGAAAGCAAAUGGAACAAUCCUCCUUACAAUGCGAAGCUGAAGACCUCUAUGCUUUUCCGCGAAACGUUGUGUAUGGACAGCCAAAUGGCUAAGGGAAUCAACUACAACCUUCACAGUCUCUACGGACACUUCUCUGCUGAAGCCAGCAACUAUGCUGGUAGCUUGCUGAAAAACAACAAGCGAGCCAUGACUCUAACCAGGGCAUCGUUCGCUGGGACUGGACAAUUUGCUGGUCACUUCCUGGGGAGGAACAAGGCCACAUGGGAAGACAUGUACCAAUCCAUGAUAGGAGUUGAUGAGUUCAACAUGUUCGGCAUUCCCUUUACUGGUGCCGAUAUUUGUGGAACUACUGGUGAGAUGUCAGUAGACUCUGAGCUAUGUCAAAGAUGGAUGCAACUAGGUGCCUAUCAGCCACUCGCUAGAAUAUUCCGUGCCACUAACUCUUCGAGAAUGGACCCGGGUGCAUUUACCGGCAGCGUCUUAGCUAACAUGCGAGAGAUGGCAAGAAGACGAUACCGAGUUCUUCCAUACAUGUACACCCAGAUCUACCACGCCCAUGUUGACGGUUACGCGCUGGUCAGGGCACCGUUCUAUGAUUUCAACUUUGAUAAGCUGAACGUAUGGGAUGUGGACUGGGAGUACAUGCUAGGCAAUUCCCUCUUGGUGGCUCCCGUCAUGGAAGAGGGAGCUAGACAAGUUACACUGUACCAUCCUGACUGGAGAUUUUAUUACUUCUACGACCCUCAAGAAGCGGGAAUUGUUGUGGGAUCUAUUUUAGACUCGGCUAGUGAAGGGACAAACAUUACAGUCUCAGCACCACUGAACGAAAUACCAAUAUUCAUCCGCGGUGGUUACAUCAUCGUUACGCAGGAACCAGGCAAUAACACUUAUUACUCACGCAUGAACCCUCUGGAGAUUUGGGUUGCUAUGCCUGAGAAUAACGAAGACAUUGCAAGAGGAGACUUGUUCUGGGAUGAUGGAGAAACCCUCAACACAUAUGAGCGAAAUAUUGACAUAUACAUGGAGUUCUUCGCAGAUCUUCUAAAAUUGGAGAUGCUGUCACAGCGAAUCGGUUUAAUGGAGUACAAUGACAAGAUUAUUCUGCCCAGGAUUCAGAAGGUCACAUUUGUCGGUCUACAGAAGAACCCUGGUAACCAGCUAUAUGUGGACAACGUGCAGCUCGGCACUGAAUUCUUUGAUUAUGAUGUCACAAAUCGGGUAUUGGAAAUCCGUGGAAUUGACAUGGACAUCACAUCAGACCAUCGGAUAGAUCUGCAGGCACCAAACUAGAACCAGUCUUCCCUUCAAUAAGACCUUUCUCAUGAUGCAGCCAUCUUGAUUUUUUCACAUUUAAAUCAAUGUAACCAAGCCGAGGCUGGAAGGGGAGAAAUAGUCUGGUUCUUUUUUGUACAAAGCAUAUUAGCCAUAAUACUGUUAUUGGAUACAAGGAACAUGACCAAGAUGGUGUCAGCGUGAUAAAGUUCUAUAACAUUCAGCUUGCUUGUUUGUAUAUCAAUCUCAUCGUGUGUGUGUUACUGGGCCUGUGGAAAUGCUGCCACGUCCAUGCUUUGGAUAACGGUCAACGCAGUUUUAGUUUCAAGAUGUACGUUUUCUUUAGAAGUGGUAAAACAUUCUAAUAAUUAUACCAUACCCAAUAUGGGGUUAGAAGGUACCCCCCCC